AUGGCCGUUUGGGGGAAAGUGAAAAUUGCCAGCACCACCACAACGUCCAAGGCUCCAUUGGCGCGGACCCCGAGCAAAGCCGGUACAUUGUUCAGCGAAACGCUCACGGCGGCCCUCGGCAAGCGGAAGAGUAAGUUUAAGGACAUCACCGAGGAGCUGAACGUACACAUCAACGAGGAGGAAAAGGAGGAGCUCUACCAGCGGCCCCUGUUCAAUGCGGACAAAAUCCGGCGCAUGAUGGAGCGCAUCGUCCAAAAGCAGUUCGAGGUGGACGAGGAGGAGAUGCGGUACGUGUACGAUCCGGGAAAGAACCUAAAAAUGUGCCAGAACAUCUCGAAGCAGAUCAAGGAUCGGCUGAAGGCGAUGAACUUUAAACGUCACCGCAUUAUCAGUAUAGCGACGAUCGUCGAGAAGCAGCAGCAAGGAAUUCACUACAAGAUGAAUUUUAUCCUCGAUCCGAAGUUGGACGACUACGUGCGAUUUUAUCACGAAACGCCCCACUUUUACGUCAUCGCCACCGUGCUGCUGGUGCACAAGGACUGA